UUCAAUCUGCAAAGUAGUUGAUAACAAUUAAUAUUGUUUUCUAGUUUGGUCAUGUUAUAUGCAUAUACUAUGUUGAUCAUAUGUGUUCUGGAUAAAAAAGAUAGUCAAAACUCAAAAGAAAAAUGGCAAAACUGUACAGAAUAUGCUCUUUACUAAUGGCUUCCCUCUUUCUUGCUUCCGCAUCUGUUCAGUUUAAUGAUUCAGAUUGGUAUUUCUGGGUUCCUCUGUAUUCUUGUGCUGCUUAUGUUAAUCUGAUAAACAGCUUAGCAAGUAGUGUUCCAACAAAGAGAGUUUCAGUAACAGGUAAAAUAACCCUCUACCUUGGGAUUUUCUUGCUAACUAAGGUUGUUUUGGAAGACUACUUUGGUGACAUGGUUGGGAUCUGGUCUCUUGAUAUGAGACAUAGGUUAGUUAGAGAGAAAUUUGGAAGUGGAUUAGUCAUUUCUUCCAUGAUUUUGCAAUUAUUAUCAUUGGAGGAGGAUCCUACAAAGAGGGGAAAUUUUACAGUCCGACCGCACGUCGAAUCUGGGAUGGUAAUUUUGGUCGGGAUCAGCUAUGGACUCUCCUUUGUCUUUAUGGUAGUUCAUGAAAAAGAGAUGAUGUUCUAAUCUAUCCAGCUAUUCAAGAUUGUGUCCCAGAUUUGAGAAAAUGAUGAUUUCCUUAAAAGA